AUGAAUAAGCAAAUUUGUGAAAAGUUCGAGAAUGUAUGGGAUAAAUUUCCUGAUGAAUUGAAUAAUGGAGAAUAUGAAUUUAAAGAUAAUAAUUUCUUAGAUAGUUAUUGUAAUGGUAAUAAAUGUGAAGGUAAUCUCGAUAAAAUUAAUGCUGUAUUUUUUUAUUUGAUUAAUCAUUUCUUUGGGUCUUCUGGUUUGUUUAAUAAUAAUGUAAAAAAUAAUAUCAAUGUUGUUGAAUACAUUAUCAUAUGGUUAAGUCAUAUGUUAAACCUAAAGGAUAAAAAUGGAAACAUUCUAACAACUUUUUAUAAUGUAUAUAUUAAUAAUCAAGAAAAGUAUAAAAAUCCUAUAAAUGGUGUUGAUGGUUGUAGUAAUUAUAAUGAACUUAUAUAUAAAAAAAAUGAAUUGAUGAAAAUUACUAAUGAUAAAUUGGCUAAAUUUUAUGCCCCAUUUAAAUUAUUAUGUAACAUGUAUAAUAAAUUUAAUGAUAGCACGUCAGAUUGCACAAAAUGUUUGAAUGAUGCUAACGAAUUUGCUAAAAAAUAUAAAGAACUUAAUGAUGAUUCUAGUAUUACUAAUGAUAGUUCCUAUAAUAAACUAUUGUGUACUUUAUCAAAUGAUUAUGAUAAUUUUAAAAAGAAAUGCAAAGACAUUUCAUCCUUUCCAGCGAUAGACAAACCAAAUAUUACUCCAAAAUGUCCUGAACAAAAUUUAAGUUCUGCAGUAAUUUCUGAAGAUGUGGCAUCAAGUUCGUCGAUAGCAAACAAAUUAUUUACAGUUUUAUCGAUAUUUGGUGCAAUAGCAUUUUUUUUAGGAAUUUCUUAUAAGUAUUCGUUAUUUGGAUUUCGUAAACGAUUUCAAAAACAAAAAUUAAGAGAAAAAAUAAAAAAAAUAAAGAAGAAAUGA